UGAAUUGAAUUGGAAAGUUUUGUUUUUAAGAAUGAACGUGCCUCAUUGAAGGUAAAUACCGACGAAACAAAGCGAUUUUAUAAACUAUUUGUUUACACCUUGACAUCAACUUACCCGAUUAUUUUAGCCAGGCCAGAUAGUUAGUAGUUGUAAAUUGCAGUAGUAUUGCGUAAGGUAUACAAUAUGCAAUUAUUAGUCAUUUCUUAGGCGGGGAAAUUGAGACGAGUUGUGUUCAUUUCGUUAAUUGUCCAGGUUCUCACGCUACUGAAGAAUUCUCAAUUGAGACCGUGCCAAGAAAGAGAGGUGUCGUGGACGUGGUGUCGAAUUUCAGAGGCGACUUGUGUUAGUUGUGUUAAAUUUCUGCUUCUUCUAAUGUGCACAUGUGGGAUAUGGAAUGAAUUGGAAAUUUGAUUUACUAAUAAAACCCGAUUGUUUUAUUUAUCAUUUUGGUUUGGCUGGGCCGACCAUUGUACUUGAGAAUGUCUUCAGACAGUCAUUUCACAUUGUUCGUCCUGCUGGUGGUGGUGGUCGUCGUGGUGGAGAGGGCAGCUUGCGUUUCUGGUUACGUGAUCCCAAAUCAGGGAGGAUUUGGGUACGCACAACAGUACCAGCAGUUCCUACCACAAGGUCAAGGGUCACCUUGGAAUAAUAACGGGUUCCCUCCACCAGCAGUUAACCAACAAGGACCCCCAUUAUUUCUUCAGCAAUCUCCUCCCCCACAAAUUCCUUACUACCCACCACCACCUUUACCCAGUAACAGUUUGGCCCCCUUAUCUCCCCCUUCAGACGAACCGUUAUCAUUCAGCCACCCAAUUCUCUACAUUAACCGGAACAUUCCCGUCUUUGAGAGUGUCGAAGUCACAAAUAGAGUAGACCCUGAUUUUAAAUCGGAAAAUUAUGGCUCAAAAUUGCCACUACCUCCGCAAAACACGGCGCCAAGAUCUGUAGCCCCUCAGCAGCAAGGAUCUUAUUUCCAGUACCACCAACCACCACUGCCUUGGUCGAAUAACAAUAAUUACUAUAAUAACAACCCACCUCCACCCCCACCACAAAUGCAGGCAGCAGCCACGCCCUCAUUUCAAACUUCGUCAUACAGUUAUUCUACUUCAAGCUCGAAUGUCAUGCUGAAUCCGGCAAAGUUUCAGUAUUGGGGAGGUGGACCACCACAACAACCAAGCGGUUCUGCAGGGCCCUCUGUAGUACCCAUGAUGAUGACGCAAUACAAUACCGGAGGUGGGGUCAUGUUCGCCAAUCCGCGUUUCACUCCGGGUGGAGGUGGACCAUCUUCCUCAUUAUCGUCCCCUUCGUCACCAUCCUUCAUCCCAAUUUCCAACGUGGGAGGAUCGCUGCCCUCAUUCCGCAGCAUUAGAAAAGCUCCUCCUGGCAGUUUCUUCAUUUCGGUGAGAAGGCCGGAUGGGUCCAUGACGUAUGCGGCGGAACCGGGGCCUCGCCUUGGUCCCGAGCCUAUGUGGAGUACAGACCCAAAAUAUACGGUGGGGGCGAUUGUUCAACCACCGCCAGUGUCGCCGCCAUCACUAAAAACAGCCUCAGUUUCUAAAAAUGCUCGAAAUAAUUCGCAAAAUGAUUUAGUGAAACGUUGGGAGGAGAUUCCAGUUCCUGGUUUUUCCGGGUUUAAUAAACCUGGACGAACUGGUCGAGGUCAGAAAAAGUACAAUAAUACGGAUAAUUAUUACCCGUUUCCUCCACCCCCAAUGACGACCUAUUACUACCCUUCGCCAUCACCUUCACAAAGAUAUAUUGACAAUAAUGAUCUCGCAAUUUUGGACCAACUCGCUACCACCACCGCCGCCGCUCAUAAGAGACAACAGAACAAUGCCGCCCUUCCUUCGUGGGUGAUACCACCACCCACGAAUUUUAUGCCUUUGUCCCCUCUCGUGACCAAUUCGAUCAUUAUUCCGGACCCGAGACCAUCACCACUUGUAAGACAAUCUAAUUACUCUUCUUCUCCCAUGCAAAUAAACCCUCCUUCUUCCGCUUCGAUGGAACAACUUUUUUCCCAAGGUCGGGACAACACCAAGUCGAAACAAAGAAUGUCCCGAAGAGGUGGUGGAGAUGAGAACGACUCGACAAACAAUACCCGAACGGCACGAUGGGUGCAACUCCCCCAAUCGCCCUCCACACUGGGAUCAUUCCAACCCACUCCACUCCAGAAUCCGGCGAAGCAGCAGCAGCAGCAGCUCCCAGGCUGGUUUGGACCUCCAACUUAUCCGUUUAAUGACCAAAACGGACAAUUUCAACCUAGGUCUCAGCAGCAGUUCGUCGCCCCACAAACCCCACAAACAGCAGCAGGUUUCGACCCCCAAGGGGGCCCACAAGUCCAAGGAUACUCUCACUCGUGGAGUAGCGGAUCAUCAUUCGGUGGACCGCAACAACAACAACAAUCUAAAACAACCCAAUUUCGAAACCCCUUCGCAAGUCGAGGACGAGCAGAAAGUGGUUUCACUAAUUCGCCAGUUACAAACUCUCCUCGGCCCGAAGAGCAAGGCGUUGCUGGGUACGGACCAGUUUCACGGGUUGAUCAGAGGUCUGGUGCGUGGCCUGCCGACAAUGGGCCACGGCAACCUGGUGAACAGUCUUGGCAGCAGCAGCCGCAGCAAAAGCAGUACCAAACAUGGAAAGCAGGAGUUGCAAACCCGUACCAACAAACAGAACCAAUUGAUUAUCCCAAAGAGUCAAAAACUCCCUUUUUGUUUGGAAGUGGGGGAGAAGUGCAGAUUUAUCCGAAGUCCAGCAGCACUCCAAAGUACGACGCAAGACUGUUUGGAGUUAAUGACACGAAGGAAGAUCACAAAUUUGCAAGCGAUUCGACAAUACUGCAGCGACAUUUACAACAAGCUAAACAAGUUUUACGAGAACAAAAAUCAAGAGAGGAUGCAAUCCGAAAGUCAAAAUCAACCACUUCAAUACCAAAAUCAGGGGCAGGAAGUCGUGGGCGUCACCACCACCACCACCACGAACACAAACAACAACAACAAUCCACAAAUUCGUCCCUAUUACCCGGAAGUGAAUCAGUACCGCCAAAUUUUGCCGCAGCAGCAGCCGUAUUUCAACCAAAAUUACCUUCCGCCACAGCCCCAAGAACUCAUUGGGACGUCGGGAAUGACGCCGUUUCGUCCGCCACAGCAGCAAGAAAUUCAGGUCCAGCUCCAACCUAUGCAGCUACUGGGUACCAACAGUUAUCACCCCAACAACAACAAUUUGGGGGACAGUACGUUCCAACCUAUGCUGACUUCCCCCCAAACUUUCCCGAACAUGGUCGCCUCGGCCGACACGCUGAAAGCAUAGCGGACUUCACCUCAGCGGAAGAUUUGCUAGCGAUGGAUUUAGAACCGUUGGGGUUAGAAGAUGAUUUAAUGAUUAAGUAACAUUAACAAACUUCGAAUUUGAAGUACUUGUAACGAAGUUAUACAUUUUUAUUGAAUGAAAAGUGUAAUAAUCUAAAUGGACAUUUUAAUAUAAUAAUUGAUCACCAGUACAUACGCAGCACCGUAUUGUGGAAAUGUUAUGUAAAGAAAAAAGCUAACUAUUUUAUAAUUACUAGUAAAUCGGGUAAAAAAAUGUUUAUCAGUCUUAAAAUUGUGAUUAU